AUGACAAUAACCACUCCCGCAACUUCAAGCUCAAGCACAAACACAAGCGCAACUACAGUAACAACCACACAAAAAAAAUCAUUAGCCAAAUCCAAAAAGGGAAAUGCGAUCGAGACUCUGCGUACAGUAGUUCCUUCCAUCUUCCAAGAGUCACAAAAGACUUCAGCUAACCAUCGCAAGAAUGCCGUCAUGUUGAGAAAGAUUCAGGAGCAAUGUGCAGAGAUCGCUGCAGAAAAAGGGGAGGAAGCUUUCAACAAAGAAUUUAUUCGAAAUCUGAAUGUCGUAUUGGCUAUUAAAAAAAGAGAGCCUGCAGCUGACCGAGUUAUUCAAUUUGUGUCAUCAUUCAUUCUGUGCACACGGGAGAAGGACAUGGCAGCGGAGGCAGCAAACGAAGAUGAAGAAGGAGCAGAAGGAAUCUCGUCACGAUUUGUUGAGUAUCUGAUGCAUCAUUUGUUGAAAGGAGUCAGAGUUAAGGAAAAGCUAGUACGCCUACGAUCAUGUCAGUUGAUUGCAUUAAGUAUUAACUCGCUAGGCGCUAUUGAUGAUGAUCUUUAUACUCAACUGAAGGAGAGUCUCAUGGAGCGAAUCAGGGACAAGGAAGCUGCUGUUCGCGUCCAGGCAGUAUUUGCAUUGUCAAAACUUCAGACGGCUGAAGAAGACACUGAAGGUGGCGACGGAGAAAAUGUUGUUCAGAAACUUUUAGACUUGAUGCAACAUGAUCCUAGCGCUGAGGUUCGUCGGUCAGCACUCUUCAAUGUUGAACAUACCAGAGCCACACUGCCCUCUAUUCUUGAGAGGGCUAGAGACACAGAUGCAUAUAACAGGAGAGGCUUGUUUACGAAACCAAUGGAUGAACUUUCGGAUUUUCGUGUGUUAUCGAUUGACGAUAGGGAGAGAUUGCUUCGCUAUGGGCUGUCAGACAGAGACGAGAAUGUUAGGAAAGCCUGCACCAAAAUGUUAUCCACCAAAUGGAUUCAACAGGCUGAUAAUAACCUUAUCGAGUUUCUGGAACGUUUGGAUGUGAUGAGUAGCGAAAUCGCUGAUGAAGUAUUGAAGGCAUUUUUUGAUUACCGUGCGGAUAUUCUCGGGAGUCUGGUAUUCAAUGACGUCUUUUGGUUGAAUCUGACAGUUGAAAGUGCGUUCUUGGUGAGAGCAUUCGCAGAGUUUUGUCGCAGUAAGGAUGAUGAUAUCCAGUUUGAAAGAGCAGUGCCAGAGGUCACUCGACAUGCAUAUUACAUUCAGCGAUAUAGCAAUCAAAUGCAGAAGGCUGAUGAAGAUAACCGCCCUGAGGCUGAAUUCAUCGUAACGCAGCUGCUAAUGAUCGCCAAACUUUUGGACUAUGCAGACGAAAAUGGACGCCGUAAAAUGUUUAAUUUGCUUCGUGAGAUGUUGAUGUUAGAUGAUAUCCCUGAUAAUCAUUUGGAUUGCAUUUUGGAGACCAUGGGGAAAAUUUCAUUGAAUGAAAAGGAUUUUACUCGUAUUGUCAUUGAAAUUAUCUCUGACAUCAGAGCUGGAAUUGAUGAACAAGAAUAUCUUCAUGAGCAGACAAUGGAUUUGACAAAUACACCACGUAAACGUAAACGCAGCAUUGCAGACAAAUCUCCGAGGAGAAGACCCUCAAUUGGCACUGAAGAAAUUGGUCAAAGCGCAAGUGAGAUUGAUGCGAUGUUGAUUAGGAUUCGUUGUCUGACUAUCACUAAAUUUAUGCUGACUCGGAGUACUGAGGCAUUGAAAGAAAACUCGUAUAUGUAUGGUCUCUUGAACGAAUUGGUCAUUCCAGCACUCGGAAGGCAAGAAGAGGUGAUGCAGGAGCUUGGUCUUCAUUGCCUAGGAUUGAUUUGCAUGUUGGAUCAGAAUCUUGCUCAAAGUAAUAUGGAGUUGUUCUUGACAUGCAUUUUCGCCGAAAACGCAAGCAUCCAACUCCAGAUUCUUUCGCUCAAGAUUGUAUUUGACUUGAUCUUGACAUUCGGUAUGACUGCUAUGUCAAGUCAAAUCUCUGAAGAAAGGAUUAUACAAGACUUGGCCAAAAGUCUUGAAGGCCCCGGAGAUGAACUACAAGCUGUAGCAGUAGAAGGGAUAGCCAAGCUCAUGUUGACCAAGCUAUUGAAGAACGCUAAGAUCUUGAGACAGUUGAUCAUUCUGUACUUUGAUCCCCAAACAACCAACAAUAACCACCUGAGACAAUGCCUAAACUACUUUUUACAAGUCUAUUUCCAUUCGUCGCAUGACAACCAAGUGACUCUUAGUCAAAUCUUCGUUCCUAUCAUUAUUCAGCUUAUUCAGAUGCGACAGGAUAAGGGUGACAUGCCAUCACCAACCGUGAUGGCACAACAAAUUCUUGAAUGGUGUGAACCACGUCGAGUACUUGGGUAA